AAUCAAGACACAACAACGAUUCCGUGAAUGCCGGAUUGACUUGAAUUAUCUUCUUUCUUUUUCUAUUUGUAUUUUCUAGGCAAUUUGUUUUAUAUCACUUUUCCUAUAUUUAAUUUCAAUUUGUUUUAUAGUACGUAUUUUCAGGUCAAUAAUAAUUCAUAUCUGGUCAUGCUGUUGGAUAUAUAUUGCAAUUCAUUCAUAAUUAAAAACAUAUCCUAUUUUAGGCUUCCUUCUUGAUGAAACUAACUAUUAUUUACUUUUAGUUUGUUAUUUUCAAAUUUAAUACCUUAUAUAUAUAUAUAUAUAUAUAUAUGAGUUUAUUUGAAAGUGCAAAAUCCGCCAAUUUCAUACCCUCCUUCUGCUUGUUGGGCGUGUGUGUGGCCGGUGGGAAGAGGCAAUGGAGAACUAUAAUCGGCUGCAAGAUCAGAGACAGACACAAGGGAUUAUUAAUUGUCCAUACUGUCAUGAACUCUUUCAAAUCGACUUCCUGUUUUCGCAUCUCGCCGCCGAUCACUCCCCCAACUCAGAACCGGCUGCUUGUCCUAUAUGCUUAGCAAUUGUCUUAUAUAAAGAAAUGGAAUUACAUUUCAGGCUGGAGCAUGAAUCCUUAUUCAAGAGAUAUCCAAGAACAGACAAUAUGGAAACAACCAACAUCCGGGAAGUUAUUUUUGUUCGAGGAAUUGAUGGUGCUUCACUUGAACUUGAUCUUUCAUCCUUAAAUUCAAGAGGAAUUGAUGGUGCUUUACUUCAACUUGAUCUUUCAUCCUUAAAUUCAAUCACCAGUCAACUCCAACUAACUGAUGAUUCACAUAAUACCUUAAAUUUAAACACCCAUCAACUCCAACUAACUGAUUCUUCACAUAAUACCUUAAGUUCCAUACAUAAUAAUAAUCCCACCAGACAGAAGAUUCUAAGGAGAUCAAGAUUCAAUUCGUCCUUAACACAGAUUCCAUGGAGAUCAAGAUUUGAUUCUUCCUUAACCCUUGAACAACGGGAAAAUAGGACCGCCUUCUUGCAGGAGCUUGUCAACUCCACUCUCGUACCUGAUGAUCAUUGAUGGGUUCUUUUUUCUUUCUAUUUUUUAGUUUUGACAAACUUGAAUAUAUAUAUGUAAUAACAA